CUUCGACUUCCGCUGUUGAGGAUACGGUGAAGGUUUUUAGAACAGCCCCAUGUGAACGGGUGAGAAUCGUCAAACGCAGUAACUGAUGUUAGUUCGGCUGGACUGGACAGGUGUGAACACUGUAAGUCACAGGUAGGACACACUAGGGACAUUUAUAAGAAAGAAACAGUCAAGGACAGAGGACUGUUAUAAUCCAGGUUUCACCUGUACAUGCUUUGUUAAGGACAUUAAUUUGCUCUUGUCACCAACCUCUUCAUCAGCAUGUUCCAGCGACCAUUCAACCCCACAGAUCAUGAACUAGAAGAAUCUUUCCGCCUGACUAACUUCGCAGGAUUGAAGGGAUGAGGUUGCAAGCUCCCUCAACAAGCUCUGCUCAAGCUUCUUGAGGGACUGAAGGAAAGCGAGUCUGACAACAGCACGGUUCCUGACACAACAUCACCUCUUGCUCAAGCUGUCCAGAUCGCCCAAAUUCCACAAGAUGAACAGUCACAUUUUCAAUAUGUUGCCCCAAGUCCUCGCAUGGGUAUUGGUAUGGACAGCUGUGUCAUCCCUUUGAGACAUGGAGGUUUAUCACUGGUACAGACCACAGACUUCUUCUAUCCACUGGUUGAUGAUCCAUAUGUCAUGGGUAAAAUAGCAUGUGCCAAUGUACUAAGUGACCUUUAUGCCCUUGGAGUAACAGAGUGUGACAACAUGUUGAUGUUGUUAGGGAUCAGUAGCAAGUUGUCAGACAAGGAAAGAGAUGCUGUUAUCCCUUUGAUGAUGAAAGGCUUCAAGGAUACUGCACAAGAAGGGGGUUCUAGUGUCAAUGGAGGCCAGACUGUCAUGAACCCUUGGUUAACUAUUGGGGGCGUGGCUACAACUGUCUGUCAGCCCAAUGAAUAUAUCAUGCCUGAGAAUGCUGUUGUUGGCGAUGUUCUAAUACUGACCAAACCUUUAGGAACUCAAGUUGUAGUCAAUGCAUAUCAAUGGCUGGAGGAUCCUGAACGGUGGAACCGCAUCAAGCUGGUUGUCACUGAAGAUGAUGUCAAAAAAGCCUACCACAGAGCAUGUAACAGCAUGUGCAGACUCAACAGAAUGGCUGCUCGGCUGAUGCAUAAAUACAAUGCCCAUGGAGCAACAGAUGUCACAGGGUUUGGUUUGUUAGGCCAUGCAUCCAACCUGGCAAAAGUUCAGAAGAAUGAAGUCAGUUUUGUGAUUCACAACCUGCCUAUUAUAGCUAAGAUGUCAUCCAUCGAUAAAGCAUGUGGAAGCAUGUUCAAACUUAUUCAAGGCCACUCUGCAGAAACAUCAGGUGGAUUGCUGAUUGCCCUUCCCCGGGAACAAGCUGCUGCAUUCUGUAAAGACAUUGAGAAACAGGAGGGCUAUCAGGCCUGGAUUAUUGGAAUUGUGGAAAAGGGAAACCGGACAGCUCGGAUUAUUGACAAGCCACGAGUAAUUGAAGUGCCUGCUAAGGAUAAAGACGGAGAGCUCUGGUAGCUAAUUUAUGCACUAAAUGCAUAUUCAUAUUGACUGCAACUCUUUAAUAUAUUUUAUGUAUACACAGUGAUGGAUUCUGUGUCUUCUGAAGGCAGAGAAAUCAGAGGAAUUUGAUUUCUGUUUAGUACAAAUUUCCUAUAAAACCUGUUUGCAGUGUCAUUCUCUACAAAGGUGUUAUUGCCUCACUGAGUGGUGUUCUCCAUAUGCUGUUUCAUUACAAAGCUUUGAGCACGUUUUGUAGAUGAGACAGACAAUGGCAACACCUGAUUGGUUGUUAUGAUGACGUUACCAGCAUAGUUCUGAAUGAAGCAGGGUCAGUCAAGUUCUUUUGAUGAACCCUGACCUCUGUGGAUGAUGUCAUUUGAGUAUUUUCAGGUGAUGAACCCGAUGUAUCCUCCUCAUAACAACCAACAGCAUUCAUUUUUUAUCAUACGCUAGGAUAUAAAUAAACUAAUUUACUGCU